UACCGGGUUGAUCAAACCGGAGGCAAAUUGAUUAGAGAUUCUACUCCAGUGUCAAGGUGAACAUGGCGCCUCUCAAACAUCUGGAGAUGGAGAAUUCAAUCAUCGACGAAUGUUUCCGAGAUUUCUGUGCUUCUCAUGGGAUUCUCACAGUGGAAGACUUCCUUCUUCAUGAUCUUUAUGAACUUGCUGCGUUCGCUGAAAGAGAAGCGAAUGCUGAUAGAUUGAAGGAGGGUAUCACUGUGAUGCUUUCUUUGAUAGAGCUUCAGUGUCGUCCAUGGUUGAACGGUAUGGAGUUGUUGGAGGAUCUACAGCGUAAUAAACAUACUCUAUCGAGUGGAGACAACGGGAUGAAUUCAUUACUUCAAGGUGGGUACGGUGAGGGUCAGCUGACAGAGCUUGUUGGACCAUCGUCUUCUGGUAAAACACAAUUUUGUAUGCGAGCUGCUGCGAGCGUGGCAGAGAAGCAAGAAGGCAGCGUCUUUUAUAUAGACACGGGGAACUCUUUUUCUGCCCGACGCAUUGCUCAAUUCAUCUGUGGGGGUUCGGAUGCUGCUGCCUUACGCAAGAGAGUCUUGAGCAGGAUAUCAUGUCACACGGUUUAUGACAUCUACACAAUGUUUGAUACUCUGCAAGGUCUAGAGGUUGCUUUGAGGUCUCAGGUGCAGAUGAAUGUGAACGAGUACCGGUUACGAUUGUUAGUUGUUGAUUCAAUCUCUUCUACGAUUACCCCAAUCCUCGGAGGCAGUGGCUCACAGGGACGCGCUUUGAUGGUGGCACUUGGAUAUAUGCUUAAGAAGCUGGCACAUGAACAUAACAUUGCUGUACUGGUGACGAACCACACGGUGGGUGCUGGAGAAAGCGGUAAAACCAAACCGGCUCUUGGCGAAACCUGGAAAAGCAUUCCGCACGUGAGACUCAUGCUAUCACGUGAUAACAGGAACAGCAACUGCACUAUCUCCAUCUUAAAACACACAUCAAUGCCUUCUGGCCAAACAGUGAGGACCAUAACUCGCUAGGACAAUCAACAAUGUCUAUAACCAACUUCUUAUGGAGCAGUGCUGGUUUCACAUAAGCUUGGAUCACCAAGAAACAAUGAUAGAUAUGUAAUGCUAAUUUAUUUUGUUUAACAGAUGAAUUAACUUUCAAGAUAGAUAACAUAGGUGAUGAUUGUUUGUUUGGUUUCUAGAUUUUGGA